AUGAGCUCUCCCAGCACCAAGAGGCCUGGUCCUCUACCCAAGUCUGGCCCUUCCAGACAUCACCAUGGUAACGAUCAUCACCAGCACAGCAAAAGCUGGACUGCUCGCUUGUACCGCAAACACGAUGCAAAGCACCACCGGAGGGAAGAUGCCCCCCUCCUUGCCGACGACAACGCGGAAGAGCCUGCUCCUUCUGAAGCCGAAUCUGAACCUGAAGAAGAGCCACGGCGCUGCAGAGAUUGCUGCUCAGGAGCAUCCAAAGGCACCAUUGACUUCAUCAAAGGAGCUGGCAACCGGUUCAAGAACGCUCUAGCCAACAUCGGCGAAGCUGCCAAGUCAGCUGGGAAUGCCAUAGCCUCUGGUGCCAAAAAGGGCGGUUCGUCUGUCAAGAACAACCCGAAGAAGGUCAUGGGUGUCACAAUCGGCGUGCUGGCUGUUGCGGUUGCCGGCCUGACCACAGCGGUCAUGAUCGACAAGAUCCAGCACAAACACCAGGUUGACAUCUGCACCACUCCCGCUUGUGUUCGGGCUUCCAACUUCAUUCUCCGAAAUCUCGACCCACGCCUUACUGCUCAAGAGAGUGCACAGGUGCUGAAUUACCACACAGUUGCCGUUGACCCCUGUGUCGACUUCGACCAGUUCGCGUGCGGUGGUUUUGGCCAGCAGUAUGAUCUCAGAGAGGAUCAAGGGGAUAUGUACACUGGUACCCUCGUGGCUGAUCAUGCCGAGUCACUGUUCAAGCGUAUCGUGAUGCUGGACGACUCCAAGGUUCCCAACAACGACCUGGCAAUUCUCAAGAUGCUCAAGAAAGCCUACUUUGCCUGCAUGGACCACACCCAAGCUCGAGAGUCGGGCUUGAAGCCACUUGAAGCUCUGGUCGAUCAUAUCAAAGAGCUGUUACCUACAAGUCAAUAUGGACGAAGUGGUGCCCGCCGGCUGGACCAAUCCACUAUCACGACACUCGGCCGUGUUGAGGGUCUUGACAAGGUGUUUGUCUUUCUAAAGACGACUGGCAUCGAUACCCUAGUGAAGAUGGAUGUCAUUCCUGAUCCCAAGGAACCUAGUACACAGACCGUGGCCCUGUCUCCCGUCCUUGCUAUUGGCCUACCUGCUCCGGACAACUACAGAGAUGCCGCUCUGGUUGAGGAAUACCGAGAUGUCGCUACCGAAACUCUCAAAGUCUUCUACGACGUUCAUCUUAACUCCUCGUCCAUUCUUCGUCGGCACCAGAACAUCCACUCGAGCGUUCUCGACAUCGCUGAAGGUGUGAUCGAUCUGGAAGUGAAGCUGGCUCUUGCACUUCCCCUGCCUGAAGACCUUAGCAACAUCGAGAAAACCUACAGCAAGAUCUCGAUUGGAAAGCUCGAGGCCAUCCUUCCUCAGAUUGGAAUUGAGACAGUCAUUAAAGACUUGGCUCCUGGAGUCCAUCCUACUUCAGCCAUUGCUGCGUCGCCAGAAUAUCUAGAGCGGCUGUCUUUUGUUCUUGGAGGCACUCCGAUCGAGAUCUUACAAGCCUUCAUGUCAUGGAAAGUCAUCCACAAGCUUGCUGAGGAGAUCGAUCAUCCCAAGCUGAAGCGUCUCAAUCAGUUCCAAGCAAAGCUGAAAGGUAGCGCUCAGGAGCUACCUGCGGAGCCGUGGCGUCAGUGCGUUCGAGAAGUCAACGAGAUCCUUGGCUGGGUUAUGUCUCGCUUCUUCGUGAAGCAGAAAUACACCGAUCCGAAAGGCUCAGCUGCCAAUGUCAUUGCUGAUCGAGUCAAGAAGGCUUUCGUCGACAUGCUGGACGAAGCACACUGGAUGACCAAAGACGACCGAGCACACGCCAUCACGAAAGCUCUAGCAAUGACACAUAAAAUUGGCUAUCCGGGGAAGCAUCCCGACAUUCAAAGCCCUUCCUCAAUCGAAAAGUAUUACAGGAAGCUGAACAUCAGUGAUUUACAUUUUGCCAACAAGCUAGAAUUUGCCAAGUUUGAGACCGAGCGCAUCUGGUCGAAGCUUGGAAGUACCACCGCAUAUGAUGAGUGGCAGAUGUAUUCCACUGCCGUCAACUCAUAUUACGACCAUGUUGCCAACGAGAUGGUCUUACCAGCUGCGCUACUCCAGCCUCCCUUGUUCUAUGAUGAUUCAGUACCUGAGUAUUUGUCGUAUGGCUCUCUGGGUUCCAUUGCCGGACACGAGAUGUCGCACGGCUUCGGUCCAGUCGGAUCACAUUUCGACAAAGACGGCAAGCUAAGAGACUGGUGGAGUGACAAGACACGUGCUGCUUUUGAUGUCAAGGCUCAGUGCUUCGCCCAACAGUACUCCGACUUUACCGUGAAAGGCCCGAACAAGGAGUACCAAGUCAACGGCAACUUGACCCUGUCAGAAAACAUUGCCGAUGCGGUCGGUGUUCAUGCUGCUUAUAUCGCCUGGCAGCAGGCAGAGAAGGAACAGUCAUCGAAGAAACUACCUGGUCUCGACAAGUUCACCAAGCAACAACUCUUCUGGAUCGCGUACGGAGGUCGAUGGUGCUCUAAAACCACUCCAGAAAAAGCGGCUGAGCGUGUUCUCACUGAUAAACAUGCUCCCAAGCCCGCCCGCAUCUUGGGCACAAUUGCCAAUACCCAAGAAUUCCUCGACGCUUUCAACUGUCCAGCCAAGGAACCUACUUGUGAGAUGUUCUGA